CCCCUUGUGCUUCCAAAACAGCAGGCAAAGGAGAGGGCCCUGUUCCAUGGAAAACUAUAGAAACCCACUAAAGACAAGGCCAUCCAAGACUCACUCUCCAUAAGAAUCAAGAUUUGGGUUACAUUGCAGGGCACUGAAUGUCAAAGUGAAAGAAUGCAAUGAAGCCCGGAUCAAGGGCAGGAGCAACCGUGACCCUCUUAAAAGAGGCAAUGCCCCAUGUAAUUAGUGAUGCGCGCGAAUGGAUAGACGCUAUUCCCACCGUCCCUACGUAGCAUCCAGCGACACCACAGCCAAGGGACAGGCUUGGCGGAACCUGCGGGAAAGAAGAACCCGCUGAGCCUGAUUGAAACGCGGUGAAGAGACAGCGGAGGGGGAUCAGUGGGCGGUCCCGCCUCCAUCUCCAUUUCCCGCAUGGAGGCCAGGCAAAUCCAGACCAGCUCCUCCCAAACCUCUCCAGAGGAAACCAUGGGAACCCCCCAUAUCCAGCAUUUGCUGAUCCUCCUGGUCCUAGGAACCUCCCUCCUGACCUUGGGCCUAGAGCUGUAUUGUCAAAAGGGUCUGUCCAUGACUGUGGAAGCGGAUCCAGCCAAUAUGUUUAACUGGACCACAGAGGAAGUUGAGACUUGUGACAAAGGGGCACUUUGCCAGGAAACCAUACUAAUAAUUAAAGCAGGAACUGAGACAGCCAUUUUGGCCACGAAGGGCUGCAUCCCAGAAGGGGAGGAGGCCAUAACAAUUGUCCAGCACUCUUCACCCCCCGGCCUGAUGGUGACCUCCUACAGUAACUACUGUGAGGAUUCCUUCUGUAAUGACAAAGACAGCCUGUCUCAGUUUUGGGAGUUCAGUGAGACCACAGCUUCCACCGUGUCAACAACCCUCCACUGCCCAACCUGUGUGGCUUUGGGGACCUGUUUCAGUGCUCCUUCUCUUCCCUGUCCCAAUGGUACAACUCGAUGCUAUCAAGGAAAACUUGAGAUCACUGGAGGUGGCAUUGAGUCGUCUGUGGAGGUCAAAGGCUGUACAGCCACGAUUGGCUGCAGGCUGAUGUCUGGAAUCUUAGCAGUAGGACCCAUGUUUGUGAGGGAAGUGUGCCCAUAUCAGCUGCUCACUCAAUCUCGAAAGACUGAAAAUGGGGCCACCUGUCUUCCCAUUCCUGUUUGGGGGUUACACCUACUGCUGCCAUUGCUGUUGCCAUCAUUUAUUCACUUUUCCUAAGAAGGCACUUCUGGGCCUGGGUCUGAGGACAUCUUUUUUGACUGGGAGCCUUCUUACUGUUGAGGUUCAACAAGUUGAGGAGUAGGUGGGAAUUUGAGGGAGAACAGAGAGAUACUGUGAAUGUAUUUGACAUUUUUAAUACAAUUUCUGCUGUAAUUUUUGUAUGCAGUAGGCGUUACUAAUAAACAUUUCUGCUG